AUGGAGGAAGAAGGAAAAAGAGCUUUGAUCCUAGUUGGUGGGUAUGGUACAAGACUCAGACCUUUGACUUUGAGCAGGCCAAAACCACUUGUUGAAUUUGCAAACAAGCCCAUUUUGCUUCACCAAAUAGAAGCAUUAGUGGAUGCUGGUGUAACAGAAGUUAUCCUAGCUGUUUCUUAUCGUGCUGAACAGAUGGAACAAGAAUUGACAGCUGAAGCUACCAAACUAGGGAUAAGCAUAGUUUAUUCCCAUGAGACUGAGCCUCUGGGCACUGCUGGACCCAUUGCUCUAGCAAAAAAGCACCUCACUAAAAGUACAAAACCAUUUUAUGUACUAAAUUCUGAUAUUAUUUGUGAUUUUCCAUUCAAAGAGUUGGCAAGCUUCCAUGAAGCUCAUGGCAGAGAAGGUACUAUUGUUGUAACUAAAGUUGAGGAACCCUCAAAGUAUGGAGUGGUUGUCUAUGACAAGAAUAAUGGGAUCCAAAGUUUUGUUGAGAAGCCACAAGAGUUUAUCUCAAACAAAAUAAAUGCAGGCCUGUACAUGCUCAACCCAUCUGUAAUAGAUAGAAUAGAACUUCGUCCUACAUCCAUUGAGAAAGAAGUGUUUCCCCAAAUGGCUACUGACAAACAACUUUUUGCAUUUGAAUUACAAGGAUUCUGGAUGGAUGUUGGACAGCCUAAAGAUUUCCUUACUGGAAUGUGCUUGUACUUGAAACAUCUUAGAACUACAGAUGGAGAAAGAUUAUACAAAGGGAAUGGUGCUGUUGGGAAUGUUUUAGUUGAUCCUACUGCAAGGAUUGGGAAUAAUUGCCAAAUUGGGCCCAAUGUUACUAUUGGACCAGGAGUUGUUAUAGAAGAUGGUGUGUGCAUUAAACGCUCUACUAUCCUUAGAGAUGCAACAAUUCGCUCUAAUUCUUGGCUAGACAGUUGUAUUGUGGGCUGGAAGUGUUUAGUUGGGAAGUGGGUGAGAAUGGAAGGUACCACAGUGCUUGGAGAAGAUGUUAUAGUCAAAGAUGAAACAUACAUAAAUGGUGGACAGGUAUUGCCUCAUAAAAACAUAGCAACAUCUGUCCCAGAGCCCCAAAUUAUUAUGUAA